GUCAACAUUUUGAAACUUUCGAGACACCUGCUAUUUUGAGCCGUUUUAACACACAUUACACAUCACAUUUUCAGGACAGGAAUCCUAAAAACGAUGCCAGGCAGGGUCGAAUUAUUGGUCACGUAAUGCCAUUGUUACCCAAUGGCUUCACCAAAUCGAGUAAAGUUGAGAAGUUGGGUCAAUCAUUUAGCUUAUCUAGACAGUUACAUAACUGUAAUUCCUAUGUGGCAAGGAGCAUUAAAUCACGCGAUCCGCUGUUCGACGACCGCACAUACGAGUCGAAGCUUCGCAAAACGUGAAUCAGCUAUUAUUAAAAUGAUGCAAUUUGCACUGGAAAGUCUCAAGCAAACGUGUGUGACGUGCAAUUUACGGAAAUGUGAAAAUGAAAGUAGCUCACCAAGUGUUCCAUGUACCCAGAAUAAAGAAGAUUUUAAUGAAAAGCAAAAUGAGGAACGAAAGAAAAGAGCCACUGUACUCUCAACUCAAACGUGCGAGCAAAGGAUUCGUUAUUUAAUUGAAAUACUCAAGGAGUCGAAUCGACUUAAAAACAAGACUAACGGUACGUUUUCUGAAAGUGUCGCGUGUUUGCCAGGGUCACCUGGAGUGAAAGGGUCUAAAGGAGAACAAGGAUAUCGCGGUUAUCCUGGAAAACGCGGAGAAGGAGGUUGUGAUUGCAAGAAAGCUGUAGUGGGCCCACCUGGACCACCGGGAUCACCUGGACCAGAUGGUCCACCAGGACCACCAGGUCCUCGAGGAAUGAAGGGUGAACAAGGGGAUGUUAUGAAAUCAAAAGAAGCACCACCAGAAAUAAUAUCCCACUCUCCUAAGACUAUGUACGUCAAGGAAGGAGAUAACGUUACUAUAUAUUGUACGGCCCUUGGAUAUCCGUUACCGUCCGUAUCGUGGUUAAAACAUGGAAAACCUACACAUAGCUCAAAUUCAUUUCCUAAGCGUGGCAAGGGAGCGAAAAUUGAAUAUGCCAGCAUAAGAUACGAAAAUGAAGGACUGUACACCUGUGUUGCGUCCAGUUCUAUCGGAUUGAUGACAUUUGAUAUUCGUGUGAUCUUUAAAGUACCACCACGUCGCCUAAGCUCGUUGCAUACGAUAGCCUACCUAUAUAGGUCAGUGACUUUGUACUGCCCCGUCGACUCGUAUCCACCUGCAAAGAUUCGCUGGAUGAAACCAGGUUUGAUUCUUCCAAAUGACGACAUUACUAUUGAAAACAAUACUUUAGUAAUCGGAGUUGUCAGAAGAACGCACGAAGGCAUAUAUUUAUGUGAGGCGAAAAACACGUUUGGGUCAACAUUCACAGCCCUUUCGGUGAAAGUAAAACACGAAGUUUGGCCAGGUUUUAGCGACAUGCCACCGUAUUCGAGGGGAGUAUUUAAAAAUCAAAAAGUUAUGAUCAAUUGUGCUGCAUAUGGUGACCCCACGCCGCUUGUCGUCUGGAUGAAAGACAAUGGACUCAAUGCAUCACUUACCAAGAAAUAUCAGGCAAAAUUGAUCAUACAUGACUUUCUACCAUCUGACGAAGGCAGUUAUACAUGCAACGUAGAGACGUCUCUCGGGCGUAAACUUAGUGCUGUUAUUAAACUAUAUAUUGUCAAAUGUCCACCACUUUCACCUCCCAAAAAUGGUGAAAUGAUUAGUUUGAUUGAAGUCAAGAACGAUAUCAUGGUAUUUUCAUGUAAUCAAGGUACGCAGUUGGUAGGCUCAGAAAUUCGUGUAUGCCAGCGCAACGCAACUUGGACUGGAACGACCACUUAUUGUGUUGGAGAAGUCUUGGGUAAAGAAGGAUCCUUGAUACUCAAAGGAUUGUACAAUGACACAAAACAGCUUUUGAACUAUUUAAAACGGGUUGAAACAUCAGUAUAUUCCAAGUGGAUAUUGUGCUACCGAGCCAGUAGAGAUGGAUGGUCGGCGUUUGCUUUUCAUGGGGCAUGCGGCGAUAAAACAUCCACUGUUUCUGUGAUCAAAGUCGACUCUUUCAUAUUUGGUGGAUACUCGGACAUAAAAUUUGGCUUGCCUAAUUACCCUACACGCUACAACUACGGAGUCAGUCGCAGUUGUCAUCAAAGUAGAAAAGCAUUUGUCUUUUCGCUAAUAAAUGACGCUGAUCUUCCAGCAUUUCAAAGCUUCCCGUACCGGAAUUUUGGAAGAGCGGUCUGUGCUGAUUCAAGGAAAGGACCUGUGUUUGGUAACGAUAUCAGUAUUGGGGAUUUUGCACAUGGUAAAACAAUUUCAAGUAGUAAUCUUGGCGAUACUUACAGACCUCCAGGAUAUACUAGUUGGUAUCAUUACAGAGCAAGCACGUUGUUGGCUGGAAAUUCGAGCUUUAGUCCUGACGAAAUUGAAGUAUAUUACGAAAAAAUAUCACCUUUUUAACUUUUUAGUCAAUUUGGUAUUGAAUAAUAACAAAAAAACGUCAUUUUUAAUCUUUGCAGUGUUGGUUGUAGUUUAGUGAUUGAUUUUCGUCCCAGUAUAUCUGAGAGACAACAGCGUGCUAGACACAAUUUUUUAUCGUCUUAAAAAAGAUAUCAUAAAACUCUACUGUAACUUUCCUUUUAAUAAUAAUGUUUGGAUUUUGUGACUGUUAAA